GUUCAGCAGCAAACACGGGGAGGACAGAGGAAGAGCAUGAGGCGCAGCCCAAACAAAGCGGUGUGGUAAAUAUUAAAGGAGUCAGAAUGUGCCUGAGCGUGAAAGCAUGAGUCGGAAAAAUAAGACUUACAAAGGGGCAGAGGAAAGUGAACAAAAGAAAAAAAGGGAGCACAGCCAGCUGGCAGAGUUGGAGUUAUUCGGCUGAGCCCUAAAAGUCUCAGACACUGCAGACUCCAAACCACAUGGACCAAGGGCCUCACAACUGCAAUAUGGAGGGUCUGUGAGAGAGGAGAGAGACAGUGCCGCACAGCUAGGAAGUAUUUUUUGUCCUGCUGUGGAAUUCGGUCUGUGUUCAUCCUUGGUGCUUGACGGCUCCGGCUCUGUUCUGGUAGCGUUUAACAUUAAAAGCCAGAUCCGCAGCACAAUGGGCCUGCAGAAUGGAGCAUGAUAUUGAUUUCUACAAACACUUUGCCUGGCUCAGAAAGGUGAACCUCCACUCAAACAGCAACAGUGAGUCGUACCAAGAGCGCUUAUCGCGUCUGGAGGGAGACAAGGAGUCGCUCAUUCUGCAGGUGAGUGUGCUGACAGACCAGGUGGAGGCUCAGGGACUGAAGAUCAGCGACCUGGAGAGCUCUCUGGUGGAGCAUCAGCAGAAACUCAACUCCACGGAGGAGAUGCUACAGCAGGAGCUUCUGCAUAGAACGUCGCUGGAGAGCCAGAAAGUGAGCCUUAUGGGGGAGGUGUCCUACCUGAAACUCAAACUGGCAGACAUGGAGGGAAGACAGGCCCAUGGGGCCGAGAGGCAGCACAAAGCAGAGACGGUAGUGAAUUUUAUCAGUGAGCUGCAGGAGCAGAUGUGCAGGUUUCAGAAGGAGAUCAACAGUAAGAUCCAGGAGAAAAAGGCCUUGGAGACUCUGGCUGACGGCACCUGUACAGCGCCCUGCUCCUCAGACGCCACCGAGGGCCUGGGUCCGAGCUGUGACAAAACCCUCGGUGUGACGCACAAACGGCAAGAAGGUCCAGACGGGAACACACACGGUCUGGAAGAUGGUAGCUCGGAAGCGGAGCAACACCACAGCUGUGGAGACAGUGGUUUGUUCAAGGAGCUCAAGGCUCUUAAAGACAAAGUGGAGCAUCUGGAGGAUCAGAAGUUACAGUACGAGAGGAAACUCAAAGCAACAAAGGCGGAGAUCAGCAACCUUCAGCAGCUCCUGCACAGUAAGAAUGCAGAGAUCGAGAGUUUGCACAGUCAGCUGCAGGCCCGGGCGUCUUUCUCCAGCGAUAGCUCAGACAGAGACCAAGAACUGCAGAGGCUCAGGACUGGAAUGAAAUCACUGGUCGCUGCCAAUGAUGAAAAGGACCGGCGCAUUGAGGAGCUCACUCUGCUGCUGAAUCAGUGCAGACAGUUCAGAGACGUCGCUCACAGCACAAGGCAAGCUCCACCUGCUGUUUGCUCGCUGUCGAACGGCAGAACCCCAUCAAGCAGCAGUGAGGAAGAGGAGCAGGGCCCGACGAAGAGCACAGACUCCUCCAGUUUGAAAUCUGAGGAUGUGAAGUCGGAAGUUUCCACAAACAGCUUCUCCUCCCAUCAAACGUCACUGUCGUCGGUCCAGAAGGAGAGUCUCCAGGAUUCUAGAACAGAACCACAGACUCUCUCAAACAGCACGAGCGACCUGUCCAACGGACCCGUGCCAAAGAGCGGUCUGGGGGACACCAGGAGUCAGACGCUUCCUGUGACUUCCUCUCUGUUCGAGCAAAACGGAAUCACAGACAGUGGCAGCGAGCAGCAGCGGCGGCGCGCGUCUCCGGACGGGAGCAACGAUGGAGAGUCCAGCCAAAGAAACCUGGACAAAGGUCAGGACAGCGCUUCAAGCGAUAAUUCGCCGGUUCAUUCUGGGGCUAACGCUCAACCGGGCCAGCGAGCUGUGGGGUCACCAGAAUACAUGAAGAACAACAGGAGCUUCAAGAGACUCUGGGGAAAACUCCGUCGAACGCAGUCUGGAGAUCCAGAUGUUGGUCCAUUCAGAAGAGGGGGACUACGAGCAACAGCUGGACCCAGACUGACUAGGACACCAGAAUCAUGUGAUUCUGCACGUGAUAUGAAUACGCCAUUCAGCCAAUGGACCAAGGAGCAGGUGUGUGGCUGGUUGGAGGACUAUGGACUGGGCCAGUAUGUCAAUCUGUCCAGACAGUGGGUUGAAAAUGGACAGACACUGCUGGCUGCCACGCCUCAGGACUUUGAGAAGGAGAUGGGUAUGAAGAAUCCAUUGCACAGGAAGAAGCUGCAGUUCGCACUAAAAGCAUUCACCACUAAAGUCACAGAAAAGUCAGCGGAGCUGGACCACAUCUGGGUCACUCGCUGGUUGGAUGAUAUUGGUUUGCCUCAAUAUAAAGAUCAAUUCCAUGAAGCUCGAGUGGACGGUCGAAUGAUCCAGUACCUCACAGUGAACGACCUGUUGACUCUGAAGGUCACCAGUCAGCUUCAUCAUCUCAGCAUCAAAUGUGCCAUCCACGUCCUUCAUGUCAACAAGUUCAACCCCAACUGUCUUCGCCGUAGGCCAGAAGAAGAGAAGCAGCCCUCUCCCUCAGACGUGGUGCAGUGGUCUAACCAUCGUGUGAUGGAGUGGCUGAGAGCAGUGGAUCUCGCCGAGUACGCUCCUAAUCUGCGGGGCAGUGGCGUGCACGGUGGCCUCAUCAUCUUGGAGCCUCGUUUCAGCUCGGAGACGUUGGCCCUGCUGUUGAAUAUUCCUCCCCAGAAGACUUUGCUCCGUCGCCACCUCGCCACCGCUUUCUCCGCCCUGGUGGGGCCUCAGGCCAUGCAGGAGAAGCGGGAGUACGGAAACGCCACAGGCCACGUUCCCCUCACCACCACGGCCAAAGUAAAGCCAAAGAAGUUGGGCUUCACACAAUUCAGUCACCUCCGGAAGAGAAAACCAGACGAAUCUGCGGACUAUAUCUGCCCAAUAGACAGCGGAGCUCUGGCAGUCAACGGCAUUUCCCGUUUGCCCUCGUCGACACUCAGGGGCUUCAGCCCCAGCUUGGACAGACAAGCGGAGAAACCUGAAUAAAGACCCUAAAGACACACACCACACUCUCUCAGACUUUCCUGAACCAGCUGAAACUGAAAUUAUUCAGAAGUGCAGCAGAGAUGCAUCUGUUGGUAAAAUGUUCAGCAGGAUAAGUUAAUUGCACAUGUUCUUCAUGUAUAUCUUUGUCUAAGCUACAGUAUGAACAUGAAAAGUGCCAAUGAGUGAUUCUAUUAGUAAAACUGUGUGACGUGUUGAGAAGCUGCUCUUUUGCAUUCCUUCUACAGUUGGAUUCCGCGGCUUAAUCCUUAGCUACAUAACGAUGCAUUCACUGACCAUUUUGUAUCUAGAAUUCUGUAGAUUUCUGUAGACUGACUGUACAGUAUAUUCACAUAAUAGCCAGUUACUUUAAGUGUAGAGGCUUAUCGUUCAUUUUCUUGGGACGAACUUAAUUCUUCUUUUACAUUGCAUCAAAGUUCCCUUCAGCAUAUACAAAAAAACUAAAAGGCUCAUUGCCACAGCACGCUAUACAACUGCCCCCCCCCCUGUUUCAUACAGUUUAAAAAUAUAAUAAACCUCAAGUCAGCAUUUAGUUGUGGUGUUUGAAUGGGUGAUUGUUCCAAGACUGCCUACUACUGGUCACAAGUAGCACAUGCAAGCUUGGGACCUCACUCGCGUCAAGCUCACAGUCUGUCUGUGGCCAAGAAGACUAAGAAGUCUGAUCCAGCUGUCGGUUGUAAUGAAAUUCUUUGAAAAAUAAUAAAAAAGUCUAUUAGAUGCUUCUUAUUCCCACAGUGUGCGUAUUGGAGUAAAUUAUUCAUAAGCGGUGGUUCUAAUGUUUUGUCCCCAUCAUUCAUUAAUGGGGCCAGGCCGGCCAUAACAUUAGAACCCUCUUCUAAUAUACUACUAAUGCACUACACCGAUCACAGAUGCCAUGUUUUGAUGCAUUUAAUUUUUGCUACCAGAAUAAUUUCAAUAAAGUCAAAAUAAAUGAU